GAAGAAAAGUGGGGGUUAGAGAAGUGUGGUUGUCCGUUUCCUGCUUUGAGCUGAUGUGCGCACAGAACAGAGAAGAGAAACUUCCUUUCUGACAGCGCGUUGCCAGGACCAUUUUUUUGUCAUUUCUGUCAAAUGCAAGAGAUAAUCAUUUCAAAUAAGCCGGGACUUCUGUGAGAAAGGAUAAUGAGCCGUGGAAAAAGCAAAACGGAGAGCGUCCAAAGCUCCCUGCUGAGCAACCCGGAGAAUGAGAAGCUGGAGGAGCUGCUGGGCAGAAGGUGUGCUUCCAUGGCCACGGCGGUGGCCCAGCUCUUCAUGGCUCUGCCCAACAGCCCGUCCAUGUGGAGCCUGCAGCACACUGGAGUGGUCUGCUUCGUCAAAGACAACCCUCAGCGCUCCUACUUCAUACGCAUGUUUGACCUGAAGGCUGGGAGGCAAAUUUGGGAGCAGGAGCUGUACAACCAACUUGUUUACUCGGUGCCGCUGCCGUACUUUCAUACUUUUGCUGCAGAUGACUGUCAGGUUGGGCUGAACUUCACGGACCAGCAGGAAGCGGACGCCUUCCAGAACACCAUCAUGGAGAAGAUCAACCAAAAAAACAACCGUCAAGAGAAGAAACAGCGCCCCCCACCGACAAAUGAUAGAGGCUCCCUUCCUCCUCUUCCACCUGCUUCUCCCAGCCCUGCUUCUUUUCACAUGGCCACUGUGGACAUCCAGAACCCGGACAUCCAGUCUUCUCGCUACCGCUCCAUGCCUUCGCCUGCCCUUCCCACAGCCGUCUCUGACAAAGGCAAGAAGAACAAGAACAAUAAAAAGAAAAAAGGUGUCAAGCUCUCCAAGGCGGACAUAGGAGCACCGAGUGGAUUUAAGCAUGUAUCUCACGUAGGAUGGGACCCCAACAACCUUGACCCGGACCUGUCGAAGCUGCUCUCCCAGGCAGGCAUUUCUGACGCCGAUCUGAGGGACGAAAAGACCUCCCAGCUGAUCUACAAUGUCAUAGAGCAGUCAGGAGGCAUGGAGGCCGUGAAGAGGGAGGCCAACAAAGCUGGUCUUCCUCCACCACCUCCACCCGGCAGACAGGGACCCCUGCCUCCUGUGCCUGGUGCCGGUACCCCGGGUCCGACCCCCCCACCCCCACGAGGUCGCACGGGCCCCCUGCCUCCCGUCCCAGGCCCGUCACAGCGGGGAGCCCCGCCCCCUCAUCCACCUCCAUCCCGCGGAGGCAUGCCACCCCCUCCCUCAACAAACCGAGGAGGUCCACCUCCACCGCCUCCACCGUCCCAAACUUCACAUCCGCCGAUGCCGCCUCCUUCACGGCCCUCUCCCAUGUCACCCCCAAUGCCCUUCCACAGCAUGCCGCCUCCUCCGCCGCCCUCGAACCAUCGCUCUAUGGGCGUCCCUCCACCUCCUGCCCCAUCUACACCCAGCAGGGGGGGUGGAGGAGGAGCUCCGCCUCCACCUCCUCCUCCUCCGCCUCCUCCUCCACCUCCUCAGGCUUUUACUUCUUCAGAUUUCCCCUCUCCUCCUCCCAUUGCAUCAUCACCUGCUCCUGCAUCUGGAGGAGGAGGAGGAGGAGGAGAGAGCCGAGGGGCCCUGCUCGAUCAGAUCCGAAUUGGAAAAAGUCUCAGAAAAGUAACAGAAAGCUCUGAGCCGCCACCGCCGUCAACACCAGACGGAGGAGAGGGCAUCGUCGGUGCCCUCAUGAUGGUCAUGCAGAAGAGGAGUAAAGUCAUCCAUUCUUCUGACGAAAGUGAAGAGGAGGCAGGAUACGACGAUGAAGAUGACGACGAAUGGGAUGACUGAUGAGGCCGCGGCUGCUGAGGAUUCUGAACAUGUUAGUUUUAAGCUCAUUAACUGUUACAUGAUGUUUUGUGAGAAGCUCGGGCGCUUCAAAGUGGAAAACGACUUGUAUUUAUGGUAAACUGUACCUGUGCUGGAGUUAAAAAAAAUAAAAUAAAAAUAAAGUAAAAAUAAAAAAAUGAUGGAUGCACA